GACAGCUGAAGAGCGGAGCCAACGAAGGGCAUCUCUGCCGCUAUCUACCGGCCGGAUCUCCAGGAGGAGGCGAGAGACGAAAUCAGGGGCUUCGAUGGCUUAUCGAUUGGCGUUACGGCCGGAGACCUUCCUCUGCGUCCCUCAACCGAGCGGCCGCCGGAAUGCCAGAUCGUACAGGGCGCGGAUGGCCUGCGACAGGGUGGAUGCUCCAAAAAGGCCCUUUACCCCUCCCCGCGAGGUACAUGUUCAAGUUACCCAUUCCAUGCCGCCCCAGAAAAUCGAGAUUUUCAAAUCAUUGGAGAAUUGGGCGGAGAACAAUAUAUUGGUGCACCUGAAGUCCGUAGAGAAAUGUUGGCAACCACAGGAUUUUCUUCCACAGCCUUCAUCCGAGGGUUUCUAUGAGGAGGUUAAAGAGCUGAGGGAGCGCUCUAAGGAGAUUCCUGAUGAUUAUUUUGUUUGCUUGAUUGGAGAUAUGAUUACGGAAGAAGCUCUUCCCACUUAUCAAACAAUGCUAAACACUCUCGAUGGCGUUCGGGAUGAAACCGGUGCAAGUCUUUCUUCUUGGGCAAUCUGGACCAGGGCUUGGACUGCUGAAGAAAACAGACAUGGUGAUCUUCUAAACAAAUACUUAUACUUGUCUGGAAGAGUGGACAUGAAACAAAUUGAGAAGACGAUUCAAUAUCUUAUUGGUUCGGGAAUGGACCCCAGGACAGAGAACAACCCAUUUCUUGGUUUCAUCUAUACCUCAUUCCAGGAGCGAGCUACCUUUAUAUCCCAUGGAAACACUGCUAGACUUGCUAAGGAGCAUGGGGAUCUCAAAUUGGCACAGAUAUGUGGAACAAUUGCAUCAGAUGAGAAGCGCCAUGAAACUGCAUACACUAAGAUAGUCGAUAAACUGUUUGAGAUAGAUCCAAAUGGCAUGGUUCUUGCAUUUGCUGACAUGAUGAAAAAGAAGAUCUCGAUGCCUGCUCAUCUGAUGUACGAUGGUCGUGAUGACAACCUUUUUGAGCACUUCUCAGCAGUUACCCAGCGUCUUGGCAUCUACACAGCCAAGGACUACGCAGACAUACUGGAGUUCCUCGUUACAAGGUGGAAAGUAGGCGAGUUAACAGACCUCUCUGGCAAAGGAAACCGAGCUCAGGACUUCCUUUGCACUUUAGCUCCAAGGAUCAGAAGGCUCGAGGAGCGAGCACAGGGAAAGGCCAAGAAAGCACCGACCAUACCUUUCAGUUGGAUUUACGACAGACAAGUGCAGCUAUGAAAAAUCAGCAAGAUUUUAUCUUUUGAUGUUUUCUUUUUACCUGUGAAUAAGCUACUGGUUUAGCUCAGUGCAAGAAUGAAUGCCUGUGGGUUUAUGUUUCUUCAUGGUGAAUUUUCUAUUGAUUCUAAUUCAUAAAACUUGCUUUGAGGCAGCUUUCAAUUCAUUUUUGAAAUAAAACAUCUAUUCCAAA